GGAAGUUAAUUGGACAUCGAUAAUUGCUGCUAGCUCAAGUUGUCGUGAGAAGCUUGGCUUUCUGCCUGGCCGGCGUGCUUUAUUGUAUUUCCAGAAUAGGUUACUGCGCGAAACAAGUUGUUACAUUGUAAUUACACUAAAUCUGCAAACGAACGGUGCAAGAAGAUGUCGAACCGUCUGGCGUUUCAGAGGCAGCUAGCUUCCAUAAUGGAGGUCAUGGCUAAUACAGCGGUGGCCGAGAUUUGUAAGCUUGUAGACGACGAUUUCGCCGUGAUAAAUUUGCAAAUGUCUCAAUAUCAAAGAGAAAACAGAGUACUGAAAAGGAAGCUGCAUUUGCUGGAAUUGAAAAGUGCUCGCGGCCAUACUGAGAAUACACGCGAGGGCGAGGUGAACAAUCGCCCAAAUAAGAAUCAUGCAAGUGACGAGAAGUUCAUGGGUGAUCACAUGUCACCUGAUGGAAGUCAGAUCAAUAUCGGCCUGUGGGGAGACGAGUUGGACCCCGAAGGAGAUGACAGUGAUCAUCGUCUAUCAGCAAAUGAACAUGUGCGCGGAGAGAUGACGAAGGCAGACCUGGCACGCGUCAAACAAGAGAGAUCAGAAGACGGCUCACAAGGGAGUGCACACGGCAGUGAAGGCGGCUCUAUUGAGGCCAAACAGAAGAGGUCAGACUUUGAAGACAGCCGAAUCCCACCACCCAGAACGUCAGAAGGGCAUCCAUCGAAUAGUAGCAGGAACGACCAAGGAAACGUGGAGUUCAUAAUGGAUGAAGAUUGGGGCGAGAUGAAUCCUGCAGAUCCAACACCCGUCACAAGCUCCAUACAGAAACCUCGUCCAAAAAAGCGUGUGAGGAAAAAACACGUCACCUGUACCGUCUGUGGUCUCCAAAUGCGGUGUUCUUCAGACCUGGUGAUCCACCAGCGCGUCCACACAGGAGAAAGGCCGUACUGUUGUACAGUGUGCCCUGCUCGCUUCACACAGAAAGGAUACCUCAAUGUGCACCUGAGAGCACACACAGGCGAGAAACCAUAUAAAUGUACUUAUUGUGGAAGAGGCUUCUCGAUGUCCUCAUCUCUCAAUACGCACAUGCGAAGGCAUACAGGAGAGAAGCCAUUCAGUUGUUCCUACUGCGACAAGAGCUUUGCAUCAUCGAAAUAUCUCAAAAAUCAUGAGCGGGCAGUUCAUUCAGAAAUCAUACAGAACCUGCCACCUAAUGUAUAGUUUCAUAUCAAACCUCCACUCCACAGUUGUCUUUAUAUUGCACGUGAUGGGCACAUUUUGUUUUAAAGAUCUUUGAUGGUUAUGAUGGACUAAAUGUUUUACAUAUUCUUCCAAAUCUCUCUACCUUCCUCUGAUUUUAUGAACGAACUCAUUGAUGGACUUUGAAAAAUAAUUAUUUUCUUUUCUAAGAGCAAUUGUAUAUUUAAGUAUUUAGGGCUGCUAUUUUGCCCCCAAACUAUGCUACAUUUUUUAUCUAUGGGAGAACAAUUUUGUCCAAGUUAUUGUCUACUCUUAUAAUAAAAUGAUGGGUAGGUACAUUGACGAUAUACUUCUUAUUUGGACAGUUUCCUUUGAAGAAUUAUUAGUGUAUAUAAUUUCAAUGAUGGCAGAAUUUUUACAUUUUAAACCUACAAGAAACUCUAAACCUAAACAUUUCUGAAGGUCAUGAGUGUGUCACAAUACUGUGUCAAGUGAACCAUUUUCAUCUACUUUGGCCUAAUGAACAGUACACCUCUUGGACAAUUCCAACAUGUUAGAAAUAUUUUAUUUAGACAUACAAGCCAGCAACAUGACAAGUCAAGCAUGUCAAGUAAUUGUAUACUGAGUGGUGAUUAAACAUACUGUAC